UGUGCUAUUAUCAGCGGGUCCCGCUUCACUCCCAGCCUAGAGCGAGUCAAUUUAUGGAAAGCCGAGUCGACCCCUUAAUGGUUCCCAUCAAAACCACUAAAAACAUCAUCAGACCGUCCGACUUCCGCGAGGAUUCCUGUGGCGUACGCAUGCAGCCUUCUCCCAGCUGACAGACUCCGACAUAAACAAACACGCGGAGACAUUUUUGGGAGUUUGACCAAGCUCUUCGCUUCCAAAGAGAGAAGAGAAGUUCGGUUUUGCUCAAGUUUUUCACCAUUUCAAGAGUCUACUUCUUCCUCGUCCAGGAUACUUUUUCCAGAAGGCGACAGAAGUGGCCUGGCUCCUGAAUAUCACCAGUCCGCUCUGCGCCUUUAUUUACUCUUAUUAGGUUGUUUUUUUUUAUUUCCCGUUUUUAUCCAAGCGAGUUUGGUGGUUCAUGUUCACAAAUGUUAGCGGUCGGGCAGAUGGAGGCUAACCGGCAGAGUGCUUUCGUCCUGGGCAGCACCCCGCUGGCGGCGUUGCACAACAUGACCGAGAUGAAGACGUCCCUGUUCCCGUAUGCGCUGCAGCAGAGCCCGGCGGGCUUCAAGGCGCCACCGCUCUCCAACCUCAACUCCCAGAUCUCCAUUGGAACCCCGCACGGAAUAAGCGACAUCCUGGGGAGACCCAUCACCACGGCCGGACAGCUGCUCUCCGGGUUCCCCAGGAUAAACGGCCUGGCUACCACCGCAGCCGCCGCAGCAGCAGGGAUGUACUUCAGCCCUGCGGUGUCGCGGUACCCGAAGCCCCUGGCCGAGCUGCCGGGGAGGGCGCCCAUCUUCUGGCCCGGGGUGAUGCAGGGUUCUCCCUGGAGGGACCCGCGGGUUCCCUGUCCUAGUCAAGCUAAUAUAAUGAUGGACAAGGACGGCAAGAAGAAACACUCCAGACCGACUUUUUCAGGACAGCAAAUCUUUGCACUGGAAAAAACUUUCGAGCAGACGAAAUACCUGGCCGGCCCAGAGAGAGCCCGCCUGGCUUACUCUUUAGGAAUGACCGAGAGCCAAGUCAAGGUUUGGUUUCAGAACAGAAGAACCAAAUGGCGGAAGAGACACGCAGCAGAAAUGGCCACGGCCAAGAAGAAGCACGACUCAGAGACGGAGAAGAUGAAGGAGAGCUCGGACAACGAGGACGACGACGAGUACAACAAACCACUGGACCCAAAUUCAGACGACGAGAAAAUCACGAGACUGUUGAAAAAGCACAAGGCCACCAACCUGGCGCUGAUCAGCCCCUGCAGUAACAGCUCGGACACCUUGUGAUGCCCACAGCUGGGGGGCCAAAGUGGGGGGGCCAAAGGGUCCAACAGAGACUUGUCGCACUCUUUCUGACCCCCUUUCCACCUGACAUUACGAACAUGCGUCUGAGGGGAUUGCAUUUUGCUCAGACAGAGCAAGAAAAUGCGUAAAAACCGAGUGUGUGCCAAGACGCACGGAAGACGCGCUUACCAAAACGUGGCCAGAGACACAUGUGGCUGCAUCCAAACCCAUUUAUAGACACUGUAUACACGGAGAUAUAACUCCUGUCAGAACUGGACUUCAAGAAGACUGAUAAUGGCAAGCUCAUAUCAGAUGAAAGGACAAAAUAUUGGGACAGGAAAUUAUUUUGGCGACGCAAAUCAGUUUUUACGCAUACAACUGGAGUUUUAACAACAGGUGUAAAUGUAAACAAAAUAUUAUAUACACACAAUCCGGAUCAGUGUUGGGCUUAUUAGUGUGACUCAUUACUUUUAUCCCACAAGUAAUGCUGCUUUACUUUACUCAUGCAGUAUAAUUCAUGACACUUACCCAAAAUUAGCAGCUUCUGUCACUUUCAAAAGUCAGGAAGCUCCAUUCCUUUUGCUCUGGAAGAGACGUUGAAUGUUGUUGUUAUUAACUGGUGAUCAUUUUCAGUAUUAUUUUCAUCUGAAGAUGUUUUUUUUUUUGCCAGUAGUUUUUCAUUCUGAAGUAAAGAAAGUGUACACCAUUUUUAGUAUAUCAUUCAGCAUUAAUCCUAUUUUUGGUUUAAACAAAAGCAACCUUAAGCUUUUAAUGGAACCGAUUUAAUAGGAGCAACACUGAUCCGGAUCCCAGACGCAUGUUUAAAAUGGCAGGUGUAAACGGGGCCUGUGAUGCUUCUAAAGCUCAGUUUAACCAGGGUAUCCACUGUCCUAAAAGGCGAGAGAAUAAAAUGUUUUGAGGGGGCGCGGGUUUGAGAUGGAUGGAUGAUUUGUGCUGUAGCCUAAAGAUGAAAAUGUGCGUGAGAUUGUAUAUAUUUUUUACUGAUAAGUUAUGUUGUUUCAACCAGUGGAAACGUGGCAGCCUUUCUCCCUACCGCAGCCCGGACGCGCUUAUUCCCUCUCAGAUAUACCUGCUGCUUCGUUUUUAUUCCCGCAGAGUAAUGUCGCCCCUUUUCUCCACGUUUUACAAUUGUCAGUUCAGUAGGCCUGCCGGCACACAAAUGUAUAGACGCAAAAUGCUGUAAAUAAUCACUGUAAAAACCAGCUUGUUUUAACGACAUCACAGUACACACUUUUCUUUUGGUUUCACUUGAGAAAGUUUAUGUUUUACCUCAUCACACAGCGGAAUAGAAAACUGGACCAUCGUUUAUGUUGGAAUUAAAGAGAGUAUUAUUGCUUCCGGGAAGGUUAUAGGAAGAAAAAAAAACACUUUGUAUUAUGAAUAAAUUAUUUAACAAGCA